AUGGCUUAAAAUACAACAAGUGGACCCAUGCAAAAGUUUAAAAUAGUGUUCUUAGGUAAUCAAUCAGUUGGUAAGACAUCAAUAAUCAAUCGAUUUAUUUUCGACAAUUUCACAGGCAAUGAAUAGCCUACUGUUGGCAUAGAUUUUAUAUCUAAGACGCUUUAAGUGGAUAACAAAUCUGUGAGACUUUAAUUAUGGGAUACUGCAGGAUAGGAGAGAUUCAGAUCUCUUAUUCCUAGUUAUAUAAGAGAUUCACAAGCCGCCAUUAUAUGCUAUGAUAUCACAAAUGAGAAAUCCUUUUAAGAUUUAUAGAAAUGGAUUGAGGAUGUGAAAGAUGAAAGAGGAGAUGAAGUUUUAAUCUAUAUUUUGGGGAAUAAGACAGAUCUAGAGUCAGAAAGGCAAAUUCAAUUUGAUGUAGCUGAAGCAAAAGCAAAAGAAUUAGGAGCAUCAUUUUCAGAAGUUUCUGCUAAAAGUGCACAUAAUGUAGCAGAAUUCUUUAAAAAAUUAUCUUAUGAUUUGCAAGGAAAUCCAAAUGAAUAAUAAUCAUCAUAGCAGCCUUAAUAAAAAAAGGUCCAAUAAUAAGAGUAAUAGCAGGGCUAAACUUAAUAACUAAAAUCAAAUAAUGCUACAGAAGAUAAAAAGUAAGGAGGUGGAUGUUGUUGAACAUUAAUUUAUUCAAUUUUAUUGUUCUGCACAAAUAAAACUUAUUUAUUA